AAAAUGGACAAUUUUACUACACCCUCUGCAGCUUCUCUGGAAAGCGACUGUGAUCUCUACGCCCACCACCAGACAGCCAGGAUCCUCAUGCCACUGCAUUACAGCAUCGUCUUCGUAAUUGGGCUUGUGGGAAACUUACUGGCCUUGAUUGUCAUUAUUCAAAACAGGAAAAAAAUCAACUCGACCACUCUAUAUUCAACCAAUUUGGUGAUUUCGGAUAUACUUUUUACCACGGCUCUGCCCACACGGAUAGCCUACUACGCGUUGGGCUUUGACUGGAGAAUCGGCGAUGCCCUGUGUAGGAUAACCGCUCUUGUGUUUUACAUCAACACGUACGCAGGUGUGAACUUCAUGACCUGCCUGAGCAUUGACCGGUUCUUUGCUGUGGUGCACCCCCUGCGGUACAAUAAGAUAAAAAGAAUUGAACACGCAAAAUGUAUCUGCAUAUUUGUCUGGAUUCUGGUAUUUGCUCAAACACUCCCGCUACUCAUAAACCCUAUGUCAAAACAGGAGGCUGAAAGGACUACGUGCAUGGAAUAUCCAAACUUUGAGGAAACCAAAUCCCUCCCCUGGAUUCUGCUUGGUGCCUGCUUCAUAGGAUACGUACUUCCACUUGUCAUUAUUCUUAUCUGCUAUUCUCAAAUCUGUUGCAAGCUCUUUAAAACUGCCAAACAGAACCCGCUAACUGAGAAAUCGGGGGUCAACAAAAAGGCUCUCAACACAAUUAUUUUUAUAAUUGUUGUGUUUGUUGUAUGCUUCACGCCUUAUCAUGUUGCAAUUAUUCAACACAUGAUCAAGAAACUUCGUCUUCCUGGUCUCCUGGAAUGUAGCCAAAGACAUUCAUUCCAGAUAUCUCUGCACUUUACAGUAUGUCUGAUGAACUUCAACUGCUGCAUGGACCCUUUUAUAUAUUUUUUUGCAUGUAAAGGGUACAAAAGAAAGGUCAUGAAGAUGUUGAAACGUCAAGUCAGUGUAUCAAUUUCCAGCGCUGUGAGGUCAGCCCCUGAAGAAAACUCACGUGAAAUGACAGAAACUCAAAUGAUGAUACAUUCCAAGUCUUUAAAUGGAAAGUAA